GCGGCCUUUUUUUCACCUUCUCUUAGCGCUCGGUGUUGACCGCUUGCGCUCCACUUUGCCUCUGCUGCUGCCCAGCUCCCGAUACAGCCGACAUCAUGGGCUUCGGAGACCUGAAAACCCCCGCCGGCCUCCAGGUGCUCAACGAUUACCUGGCUGACAAGAGCUACAUCGAGGGAUACGUGCCAUCACAAGCAGAUGUGGCAGUUUUUGAAGCAGUCUCCAGCCCACCACCUGCCGACUUGUAUCAUGCUCUACGUUGGUAUAAUCACAUCAAGUCUUAUGAAAAGGAAAAGGCCAGCCUGCCAGGAGUGAAGAAAGCUUUGGGCAAGUAUGGCCCUGCUAAUGUGGAAGACACUACGGGAAGUGGAGCUACAGACAGUAAAGACGAUGAUGACAUUGAUCUCUUUGGAUCUGAUGAUGAGGAGGAAAGUGAAGAAGCAAAGAGGCUAAGAGAAGAACGCCUUGCACAGUAUGAGUCAAAGAAAGCCAAAAAACCUGCGCUUGUCGCCAAGUCUUCCAUCUUACUGGAUGUGAAACCUUGGGAUGAUGAGACAGAUAUGGCAAAAUUGGAGGAGUGCGUUAGAAGCAUCCAAGCAGACGGCUUGGUCUGGGGCUCUUCUAAGCUAGUUCCAGUGGGAUACGGAAUUAAAAAACUUCAAAUACAGUGUGUAGUUGAAGACGAUAAAGUUGGCACAGAUAUGCUGGAGGAACGGAUAACUGCUUUUGAAGAGUAUGUGCAGUCCAUGGACGUGGCCGCUUUCAACAAGAUCUAAAAUCCAUCUUGGGUUCUUGCACUUAAAUAAAAGCUUGAAAGACAA